CCAGUUGUCUUCGGUAUCGCGCUCAGAACAGACGUGUGUUUUGCAAACAACGUGUCCUCGCGCUUUCCGUUUCGCGGCGUUGUGCAAACUCUUUUGAUCGCUUAGAUUAGAGCGAGAGAGAGCACACCUCUUUUUUAUUCGGAAUUGCUGUGCCGUUUCACGCGUUGUUUCAAUUUUGCUGCACUCCCCCGUAUUUGAGUGGAUGUUCUGUCAAUGCAAGAUUUUUUUUUUGUAAUUCUGAUGCGCGGUGCCCCGUCGUUUCAUUUGAUUGAAUUUCCGCGCGCUGAUCCAACGCAAUCGCAAUAGUGAAGAUAUACAUACACACGCACACCUAAACAGACUGAGUAAGAAGCAGCUCGAAGUCCCAGUACCUCCAGUUACAACUACAGUACAAGAACAGCUACUAGUGGAAAUGUUGUGAUUCUAUCCUCUUGCCAUUAGAGAAGAAAAGAAAAGAAAAUAAUUUGACCACCGCAAGAAUCGCGCGCACCACCGAUUUGAGUGAAAGUGAUCGAGCGAGAGUGAUUGUGAAUUUUAUUUAUUCGUGAAAACGCGUUUGAGCAAAGCGGAGACGUUGGCGACCGGUGUUCUAGAGUUCGCCGAGGUUCGGAAGGCAGGGAAGAUUCAAUGUGACUGUUGCGUAGUGCUUUUUCCCGCCUUCUGUUCGGAUAGAGUAGUGAUACAACGUUCGCCGUCGAUUGGUGAUAACAGUGCAAACAAUCCGCGCUGAAGUCCUUCUCUGGAGGAUGUCGUCGACGAUGCCCGUGGUUUGGUGCACAGAUCCAAACUCGUCCGAAAAGCGACAACCGUUCGCUCUGCAAGGAAUUCAACUGCAGGGCAACAUCACCGAGAAGCAUGUGCUGGCCAUGAAGGAACUGAUCAGUGCCGCCUCAGAGGGGCGGUUGCUAUUGCCUAGCGAUGGUGCCAUUGUCCUGCUGGACUGUGGAUUGAGUAUAGGUUCGAUGGUAAUUGAGGGGAAGGCCGGGAAAGAGGCGGCCCGGGAGGCCGCUGGGGUUAGUAAUCAUAAAUCAAUUCUCCCGGUCGUUCCGGAGAUGGCCGGGUGCGGUGAUGAUGGUCUGCAGCAGAAGUACGCAGAUGAUCAGAACAAUAAUGCUAAUGGGGGAGAUAGAGAUAAUAGAAUUGGGGAUAGGUGUGAAGAUGAAGAAGAUGAGGAGCAGGCUUUCCUCACCGAGUUGGCAGAAGAUGAGUGUAAGCCUCUGGACCUGUAUGGGUGCGGAGGAGCAGAGGGCGGCGAAUUUCUGUAUGAGUUUCUCUGCUGUGCCAAAUGUAUGAACGAUCCAUCGUCCAGUUGUUUCAAUCCACCCAGUCAUCGUAGUCGUAGUUUAAAUUCGCUCAACAACAAAUCACAGCUGUUGUCUCGGUUCCUUAAUGGCCGGGCCAAAGCCCGGCUCUACUGUGAUCCUCUGUACAACAUAUCCAAUCGGUAUUUCAAACGACUGGCCAAAGCCAGCAAGAUCCGAUCGGACUCGCGUCGGAAUGUGAUCCGCAAAAGCUCGAUCCGAAGCGAUCGAUCGUCCGGGGGCAAAAUCGUCAAGAAGAGCUCCGAGAACAUCCCCAUCUAUGCCACGGUCAAUAAAAAGAUGAAGCUACGUUCCCGGUUGGAGGCCCUCCGACGACAGAACAUCGACGCCGACACGUUAGCAUUACAAAUUGCACUCGACAAGCAACAACUAAUCAAAAGCAGAUCGAAUCCGACGACAGCACUAUCGGAAAUUCAUAAUCAAUCAUCUUCAUCAUUGUCCCCGCUCGGUCUGCUGCCGCCAUUAUCCCCCGGGAAGCCAUACAACAGUUCCAGUAGGAAAACUAGUUUCGAUUCGACGUGCACCGUGAGUUCAAUGGAUUCGGGCUUUAUCGAUCAGCAGCAGCGACAACAGCUGAAGCAACUCCAGCAACAGCUCCAACAACAGAAGCAAGGCAAAAAGAGUAAGGAAAUAUGCCAACCGAGCGAGUCGAUAACUGUUAAAGCGAGUCCGUCCCCAGCGGAAAAAGAGUGCUGCACGAAAAAACUGGAAGAACUGCCUUCGACUAAUGACGGAGACGUCGUUGUUGUGGCCGGCGAUGAAGAUCGCCUUAAUGAGCUCUCCCAGCUGCAAAUAAAGGAGUGUUUGGUUACGCAAUCGCGGAACCGCCGGAAGUCAUACGAAGAGUUCAAAUCGCUCUUCCGGCAACAGCAGCAGCAGCAAACCGAAUGCCGAAGCCGCCUGGCUGUGGUCAACGAAAAAGACCCCCAAGGCAACGCCGCCCCCCAUGCCAACCACACUAGCAACAACAUUAGCAGUAGUAGUAACGAUAGCAUUAAAACUCGACGCAAGUCCUACGAAGAAUUUAAAGCUUCAGUCAAAAUUUGUGAUAGUAGCGUUAGUAAUUUAAAGCCUACGUCCGAGGAGGAAGAAACCACGGAAGAGGACCACCAUCAUCACACGGCCCUCUCCGGGGUCAGCGGUCUUUUCAAGAUGAAGCGCAAAAACUCGCGACGACUCAGCCUUAAGAAGCUGAAAAUGCACGACAAAGCUGACCCCACACAGACUGCAACGGCGCCUGCUGACAAGCUCGCCCCAUCUACAGUGAUUAGCAAUAGCGUUAGUAAGAUUAGCGAAGAAAGUAGUCACGUUAAGAGUAGUACAAUCUAUGAUAUUCUACGAACUAAGAACAAACCGGACGAACACAGGGACUCGGUAGUCUCCCUGAGCAAAGAUCUGUCACCAUGUCUCAAAGAGGAACUCUACCGCAAAAACUACAAAAUCUACGACAAGCUCAUCUCAUACGGAAGCAGAGCCUACAAAAAGUACGACAAAUACAUGACCUACGGCACGAUCUACGAGAUCCUGCAUCGUAAAUCCGACGCCGCCGAAGAUAUCUUCCUGCGCAAGCGAGCUCUCUCGGAAAAGUUUGCCAAGCGCAAACACAGCGUCAGCUCCCACUACAGCUCGCUCAAGUUUGGCACAAUCUACGACAUUCUGCAGAGCAGAAACGCGGCCCUAACAGCCGAGCCAGAACCCAGUGAAAACACGUCCAGCAAGGCCCCCGAAACGGAGAGCCCCACCAACUCCACUACUCUCUCCACCAUCUACGACAUCAUCCACAAAAAAGCCGACUCCCCCAAACAGCAGACCAAGAAUCGCUUCCUUGUGAAGAAAAUCACCGAAGAAGAACUUCGCUCCAGCAACGAAAACAAUCGCAACGAACUCAACACCCCCGCAAAAUCGCAGGAAACUCCACCCUCACCAGACUACACCACCCCCAAAACACAAGAACCUUCCAAGAAGCCUACCCGAGCGCGUCGCUUUUCCAACAUCCUGUCCUACAGCCCCCGCCAAUCCUCACCCAUCACAGACGCAGACUCCUCCAAACUAUCCAACUCCAACGGAUCUCGCCUCAAAAAGAUCGCCGCCAGCGAUGAGGAUCUCUACAAGCGUGCCAGCUCCAAACACCAUCAUCACCACCAUCACAAAUCUCCCCCGCCAAAGUCGAACAACGACGACGAGCUGUACUCGCGUAUUGGGCGGCUCCGAAAAUCGGCCACCGAAUCCAAUGCCCUAUGCGACAAAAUUCAAGACCCACCCCAUCAACCGUCCCCUUCGUCUUCGGGGUCUUCAUCGUCCAAAGUCCACCAUUUCCCAGCCGCGGCCAUCAAAUCCAACGGCCUUCUACCGCAGCCCGGUGCCAUAUUCAAGUCGAACUCGUUGGACAUGCUGGCACCGAGUAAGUUUGCGCGGAAUCCGCGCUGGAGUAGGCAGCAGGGGGCAGCGGGACCGGUGCGGAAGUUGAGCCCACUGGUGCUGCCCCGGAAGAGCGGAUCGGGAUCGCCCACCGGUGGGGUGGAAAAGCAGCAGAAGAAAAGUACCCGGCGGCUGUCGGAGUUUACCCGCGGGGAGUUCCUGAAUGAGAAACUAUGGUACUUCCGAAAGAUCAAGAGAAUAGAGGCGGAGAAAAAGCUGCUGCUGCCGGAAAACGAACACGGUGCUUUCUUGAUUCGCGACUCGGAAAGCCGCCACAAUGACUACUCGCUGUCAGUACGCGAUGGAGACACUGUGAAACACUACCGGAUCCGGCAGCUGGACGAGGGAGGCUUCUUCAUUGCCAGGCGAACCACAUUCCGAACGCUCCAGGAACUGGUCGAACACUACAGCAAGGACUCCGACGGCCUGUGCGUCAAUCUCUGCAAACCGUGCGUCCAGAUUGAAAAACCGGUCACCGAUGGAUUAUCGCACCGCACCAGAGACCAGUGGGAGAUCGACCGAACGUCGCUCAAGUUUGUGCGCAAGCUGGGUUCCGGCCAGUUCGGCGACGUCUGGGAAGGCCUCUGGAACAACACGACGCCGGUGGCCAUUAAAACGCUCAAGUCCGGCACCAUGGACCCGAAAGAUUUCCUUGCCGAAGCCCAGAUCAUGAAGAAGCUCCGACACAACAAGCUGAUUCAGCUGUACGCCGUCUGCACCCUGGAGGAACCGAUCUACAUUAUCACCGAACUGAUGAAGCAUGGCUCUCUGCUAGAAUUCCUACAAGGCAAAGGCAGAAAUCUCAAACUGCCACAGCUGAUCGACAUGGCCGCCCAGAUUGCCGCCGGUAUGGCGUACCUCGAACAGCAGAACUACAUUCACCGAGACUUGGCCGCCCGGAACGUGCUCGUAGGGGAUAACAACAUCGUCAAGAUUGCCGAUUUCGGCCUCGCAAGAUUAAUCAAAGAAGACGAAUAUGAAGCCCGAGUGGGAGCUCGGUUCCCGAUCAAAUGGACAGCACCGGAGGCAGCCAACUACAGCAAAUUCUCGAUCAAGUCGGAUGUAUGGAGUUUCGGCAUUCUGUUGACAGAGCUGGUCACUUACGGUAGAAUACCGUAUCCAGGUAUGACGAACGCUGAAGUUUUGAACCAGGUCGAGCAUGGUUACCGAAUGCCGCAGCCUCCCAACUGCAACGUAGCCCUGUACGAGAUCAUGCUGGAGUGCUGGAACAAAGACCCAAUGCGACGACCAACCUUCGAGACACUGCAGUGGAAGCUGGAAGACUUCUUCACAAUGGACCCCAGUGAAUACAAAGAGGCGGCACCAUACUGAUAAAUGGUGCAUGAUAGCGCAAUCUUUACAGCCGACGCCUCCGUCGUCGCCACCGCCACCGUUGAUACUAUUGCUUCUAGUACCGCCAACGCUGCUGUUUCUACUACUACUGUUGCUUCGACAUCUACUACUGCUAUCGCUGCUGCUACUAGUGCUAACACUACAAUUGCUGUCUCCGUUUCAAAUGCUGGCGGCAAAGCACGCCGUCAAAAGCCCCAGCAGCCGCAGAAACGCCAGGUAUUGCUAUUUAUUUGAAUGCCACUGAUUCGAUUCCCCGACAGAUCUAGUACUUCAAUUCUUCCAUAUCGCUUUGCCCAAUAGAACAACCCGUAGAAAAGCGGCAAUUUAGGUUGUGCCCUUUUAGGUUAUAUCCGCUUUCCGUUAGUUAAAUACAAACCUUAGACCAGGACCAUUCUAGUACUACGAUUAGCUAUCACUCUCACUAUUACAAUAAGACGGCUAGACGAAGUUAUCGUUUUAAAGUGAAAAACAUUCUCUGAAUUAAGAAGCCAAAUAUGUAUGUGUAACAAACUUUCGUUCCGCCCAACGCCCAAUGUAGACAAACAUCCCGAAUUGAUCAAUGAAGAGCUGAGCUGAGAAGAUCGGCCUAAAUGUUAAAACAUCACCCAUUCUACGAUAUAAUAAAUUCAUUCCUGCUGUUUACCGAGAAAGAGUGCGUAAGUGAAACAAGUACACUAAAACGAAUCGGAAACAAUCAAUAAGUUUAAGAUUACUAGGCACGUUACAAGGCUAGAUUUCGGUUGUUAUACAUUGUUUAAGAGACUUCGCUACAGAUACAGGAUCAACACUACGUUUAAUAUACAUUACAAGUACAUACCUUAUACUGACACAAGCACGGGAAAUCGACUAAUGUGUUCGUUUUAAUUAGUAGGAAGAGACAGCAACCAAACUAUCUAUGUAUUACAACGCCUCCCAACAGUUCUAUUACUAGUUAUAUCAUUUUUCGUUAGGUUCUAGUACUGCAAAUACGAGAUCGAAGUGACUAUAUCCUCCGAUAUCAGGUUAUAUUCAAGCGGUAUUAUUACAGAAUUAUGAUUAUUAUACAAGGGCUGUUCGUAAAGGAGAUCCAGACUAGUUUCAUCAACAACAAAUUUCUGAAAACCAAUGCAUGGAAUGUGGUGUUAAAUUUUCCUAUGAGAGCUUUUAAAAAAUACAAAGAGAAAAGUAAAAUUCAAUUAAUCAUGCAUCUCCAUUUAUUCUUUAAAUCCAUAAAACAAUAGAAACUCAUCUUUUAGCAUACUGAACUCCAGCGGCAUGUGGCAACAAUUCAAUUCUAUUGUACAUUUUGUAAACAAAAGACGAAAUGCGCAUUUUUCUUCAGCAUUUUGACCCUUAUCUCCCCUAUCCUCAAUUUUAAGAAUGAUCCCUUCAAAUUUCCCAAACUCAAUUCUGAUGAAACGGUUGAACGGUAGGUAUCUCACUCAACUUGUAAAUACAUUGAACUUUAAGCCAACAGACAAACACAAUUUGAAACAAUGAAUUAAAUUUUUAAUGUAAAAAUAAAAACGAGAUACAAAGAAGACAACUCAUUUGAACAUUGAAAAUUGUCGUGAGAGAAAAAAAAAAACAAAAUUAUUGAACAAACAAAUGAUACAUCAUACAAAGAAGAAUAUUUUCAUAUAUUGAAAUGAUAUAGACCACUGCGAAACGUGAAACCAAUAAGUGAAUGACCCCUCGAUAUGUGACACAUGGUGACAGACACUGAAGUAAAUCGUCCCGUUAUUUUUGAUCUUCAUACACGUAUAAAUUUUACGUUGCCCCUUUUUUCGGCACCGUCUCAGUUUAUAUUAGGUAAACCUUCUUUAGUAGAAACACAAAUCAAACACGCGGAAACGCAGAGAAGACCUACGAUUAGUUUUUUUUAUGUUUAAUAAUAUUAGGCAAUUAGACUGAAACAAAUAAGAUCGCGCACUCAAGCUAGCAAGUAAGCUACCAUUCAUUCGUGCAUGACUUCCUUCUCCGCCGAGGUGUAGAUCACACAGUUGUUUCCAUGUGCAACGUUUUAAAGGUUAUGUCGUGCUCGGCACACAUUCGUAUGUAUGUUAUAUUGAUAAUUAAUUAUUCUCGUCAUCACAUUUUGCAUCCAUUUUUUAUGUUUCCAACCCUGUUCUAAUUUAUUCAUCUCGUUAAACUUUGCACACCCUGAUCACAAACAUGCAAAUGCACACACACGCGUUAAUUGAUUUCUAAUUCGUUGAAAAUUUAUUUCCUCUUUUGCACCGUCCGUUUCCGGGCUGCUUCAAGGUGUAAGUGGAUUUUUCAAAAUCGUUAUUCUGAAUGUUUACAAGGAAUUUUUGCAAUCUGAAUAAAUCGUCUAAAUUAUGAGCAUUAUUGGUGGGAUAACAUUUGACCAUUUGACGAUAACCUCAAAAUCCGUACGUUGUUGUACAAAACAAUCCCAAAAAAAUACCCCAUCAUCCCCUAAGAGGUACAACAAUGUUAUACACACUGAAAUAAAAAAAAAAACGUAUAUGCUCACGUGUUUGUGCAGACAGAUUUUCAUCAUAGCGACGAUUCUCAGCACAUGUAUAUGUAUUAAAUUAUGUCACAAACACAAACGAAAUAUAAACUGUAUUCGAGACACACUGGACAAGUGAGAAAAAUUAUCCUGCUACAACUCCAAGACAACUACAGACGAAUUAAAGCUGCAUCAAUAGUAAUCUUUUAUGAUAUUUUAAUUGUAA